AUGUAUUGCUGUAUCUGACUCCAGCUGGACCGUGCUUUCCCUGAUACCUAAAUUACAAGCAGGCAGCCAGCUCUCCCGCCUCUCGCACAGUGUGGACACUGAUGUGGAUCCCAAUCCAAUCGCCUCUCCACACCCCUUGGCACAGUGUGCCACAGGCCGUGUGUGGCAGUCAGGUCUGGCACACAGGAACGCAUAAAUGCACCAAGUGCCCGGAAUGGAGGUCUGCGGGAGCUCAGUGAAGAAUCUGGAUGUUCCCUGUGUGGGUCGCCAAGGAGUUCCCUAAGGAACGCCUAGCUUCUCUCCUCCCGAGCCGGCGCUGUGCCCGGGGCGCACCGGGAGGAGGGACCAGGAUCCGGUGCCCGGGCGCUGAUACUGACACCAAGGGAAUCUGGUUGCCCCCCCCAAGCCAUGUGGACCCCCAGGACUCUGGCUCCUCCACCCCGGCUGUCCCAUGACCCCGGCCUCAAUCCUGGUCAGGCAGAGAUUCUGCGGAUGUUCAGGGAUAGGCUUCACCUCUGAGAUCUCAGGCCUCUGCCAGUCACUGCUCCCAGACCCUUAGCCACCCUCGGCAGGUCCCAGUCCCUGCUCGAUCGGUGCUCUCCACCCAGCCGCAGCUAUGCUGCACACCGAGGGCCACGCUCUUCUUCGGGCUGUGGGUCAGGGUAAGCUACGCUUGGCCCGUUUGCUUCUGGAGGGAGGAGCCUACGUGAAUGAGGGUGAUGCACAGGGGGAGACUGCACUAAUGGCAGCCUGUCGGGCCCGAUACGACGACCCCCAGAACAAGGCGCGCAUGGUACGCUACCUCCUGGAGCAAGGCGCGGACCCCAACAUCGCAGACCGCCUGGGGCGCACGGCGCUCAUGCACGCUUGCGCCGGGGGUGGGGGCGCCGCAGUGGCCUCGCUGCUCCUUGCCCACGGCGCAGACCCCUCAGUCCGAGAUCACGCAGGCGCCUCGGCACUUGUCCACGCCCUGGACCGCGGGGACCGCGAGACCCUCGCCACGUUGCUGGAUGCCUGCAAGGCCAAGGGCACGGAGGUCAUCAUCAUAACCACCGAUACCUCGCCCUCAGGCACCAAGAAGACCCGUCAGUAUCUCAAUUCCCCACCAUCCCCGGGGGUAGAGGACCCUGCUCCUGCUCCUUCUAGCCCGGGGAUCUGCACGUCGCCUUCAGAGAUCCAGUUGCAGAGUGCAGGAGGAGGACGACGACUGUUGUCCCCUCGCGCCCAGGAAGAGGAGGAGAAGCGGGACGUGUUUGAAUUCCCUCUUCCUAAGCCCCCUGAUGAUCCCUCCCCUUCUGAGCCUCUCCCCAAACCACCUCGACACCCCCCUAAACCACUCAAAAGGCUCAACUCCGAGCCCUGGGGCCUAGUGGCUCCUCCUCAACCGGUUCCUCCUGCAGAAGGGAGGCCGGGGAUCGAGCGCUUGACCACCGAAUUCAACGGCCUGACCCUGACGGGGCGACCCCGUCUUUCCCGACGUCACAGCACCGAAGGGCCGGAGGAUCCGCCCCCAUGGGCGGAGAAAGUGACUGGUGGGGGUCCCCUCUCGCGCCGGAACACUGCGCCCGAGGCUCAGGAGUCUGGUCCCCCUUCUGGGCUAAGGCAAAAACUGAGCCGGAUGGAGCCGGUGGAGAUGGACACCCCCGGACAUCUUUGCCCAGACUCGCCCGAGUCCAGCCGCCUAUCUCUGGAGCGUCGCCGGUACAGCGCCUCCCCGCUGAUCCUCCCUCCAGCCGGCUCGGCUCCCUCCCCGCGCCAGUCUCAGGAAAGCCUGCCGGGAGCUGUCUCUCCUCUGAGUGGACGCAGGCGGAGUCCCGGGCUGCUGGAGCGGAGGGGCUCGGGGACGUUGCUUCUGGACCACAUCUCGCAAACGCGGCCGGGUUUCCUGCCCCCGCUCAACAUCAGCCCCCACCCUCCGAUUCCUGACAUUCGCCCCCAACCCGGAGGUCGGGCGCCUUCACUGCCCGCUCCUCCCCACGCCGGGGUGCCGGGCUCUCCCAGGACCAAGCGCAAGUUGGUGAGGCGCCACUCCAUGCAGACUGAGCAGAUCCGACUUCUAGGGGGCUUCCAGAGUCUAGGCGGGCCAGGGGAACCAGGGCGCUGAGAGAAACGGAAAGAGCCCAGCAGAGAUCAGGACUUUGAUGGGAUAGGUGGGAGAACGAGCUUAUAUUCAUAUCACGGACAUAGGGGUCUCUUGCAUGUGCUCAUGGCACGGUGCACGCACACAGGGGUAAACGUGUCCACAAGCACAGUAGACUUACUAGAGAGGAAGAGCAAGUACAGGACUCUGUUUGUGGUAUACAGACACAAGUAUUCAUGCCCUGGUCAUUUAACAUGCAUGUGGGAUUACUUGUGUACCCACAGGCACAGUGCACCAGUAAACUCACAGAACUUGUGCUAGAGUCCCAAACUCACUGACACUAUGGGGUACUCUCUUGUGUCUAUGGCCCCCCUGCAGAAGCAGUCCCUUGCUUUCCAUGUACGCCCUACAACACAGCCUAUCAUGAUUUUGCACACUCUACUUUGUUUUCAUGAAUGUCCCACCCAUUCUACAGGUCUUGUUCCUCUCCCCAGGCCUGGCUCUUUUUUCCCCACCCUGCUUUGAGCCCUUACCACUUUUCCGGACAUCUUCACUCUCCCAGGGGGUCCUGCAGCACUCCCAGCCUCAGUCCUGCUGCCGCCCUUCUUGCUUUUUAUUCUCUCUGUGUUCCUCCAAACACUACAACUGGUUGUCUCCUUUUCGUAGAGGGUGGGUCAUGGGCUCUAAGCUGCUCUUCUGUCUGUUUGAGCUUAUGAACACCCCCACAGGUACAAGUGGGGAGUAACCCUAAAUCACUCCUCUCUCCACUUGACAUAUCAAAUAAAUGUGUUCAGAAGC